CAGGGAUCUUGGUUCUUAUUUACACCUGCUUCCCUGGACAUUGAAUUUGGAGGACAACAGACUUUCCUUUCCCCUCCCCCACCCACGUCAAGAUUUGAGCAUCUUUCAAAUAGUCCCCUUCAAGUAUUCAAAGACUGACUGGAAGUCUAGCCGGUGCGUGUCCAGCUGGUGUCUUCUUGUGCAGAAGGCUUUGAGGCCGCCAGAGAGCCUUUUGCUUGGCGGUGGCGGUUGGGUCCUCCACCCCCUCCAUACACCCCCUCCACACACAGUAAGUUUUCUUUCCUGGAGCUUCCUGCAGGUGGGCAGCUUGCUGCAGGCACUAACGCAUCACUGCAGCCUGUUGAACUCUUCUGAGCUAGAGAAAGGGAGGCAGAAUAAGGGAAUUAAGUGGAAGAUUCAGUCAAGCUCCAGGAUGGAGGUCCAGUUAGGACUGGGGAGGGUCUACCCCAGGCCACCGUCCAAGACCUAUCGAGGAGCUUUCCAGAAUCUAUUCCAGAGCGUGCGCGAAGUGAUCCAGAACCCGGGCCCAAGGCAACCUGAGGCAGCGGGCACAGCACCUCCCGGAUCCCGUUUACAGCAGCAGGAGACUAGCCCUCGGCGGCAGCAACAGCAUGGUGAGGAUGGCUCUCCCCAAUCCCACCUCAGAGGCCCCACAAGCUACCUGGCCCUGGAUGAGGAGCAGCAGCCUUCCCAACAGCACUCAGCCCCCGAGGGCCACCCCGAAAGCAGCUGCCUGUCAGAGCCUGGAGCCGCCACGGCUACCGGCAAAGGGCUGCCACAGCAGCCGCCAGAACCUCCGGAUGAGAAUGACUCAGCUGCCCCAUCCACGAUGUCCUUGCUGGGCCCCACUUUCCCGGGCUUAACCAGCUGCUCCGCAGACCUUAAAGACAUCCUGAGCGAAGCGGGCACCAUGCAACUCCUUCAACAGCAGCAGCAGCAGCAGCAGCAGCAGCAACAGCAGCAGCACCAGGAGGGGGUAUCUGAAGGCAACAGCAGCGGGAGAGCAAGGGAGGCCGCUGGGGCAUCCUCUUCCUCCAAGGAGAGUUACCUAGGGGGCAACUCGACCAUAUCUGACAGCGCCAAAGAGUUGUGUAAGGCAGUGUCUGUGUCCAUGGGAUUGGGUGUGGAAGCAUUGGAGCAUCUGAGUCCCGGGGAGCAGCUUCGGGGAGAUUGCAUGUACGCGCCACUCCUGGGAGGUCCACCCGCUGUGCGUCCCAGUCCCUGUGCCCCGCUGGCCGAAUGCAAAGGUCCUCUUCUGGACGAGGGCCCAGGCAAGGGCACUGAAGAGACUGCUGAGUAUUCCUCUUUCAAGGGAGGUUAUGCCAAAGGGCUAGACGGCGAAAGCCUGGGUUGCUCUGGCAGCAGCGAAGCCGGGAACUCUGGGACACUUGAGCUCCCCUCCACACUGUCUCUCUACAAGCCCGGAGCCCUGGAAGAGGGGGCACCAUAUCCGAAUCGCGACUACUAUAACUUUCCGCUGGCUUUGCCUGGGCCACCGCCGCCUCCCCAUCCGCACGCCCGCAUCAAGCUGGAGAACCCGCUGGACUACAGCAGUGCCUGGGCUGCUGCGGCGGCGCAGUGCCGCUAUGGGGACCUGGCGAACUUGCACGGUGGGGGCACAGCCGGACCCAGCUCCGGAUCGCCUUCGACCUCCACCUCCUCUUCCUGGCAUACUCUCUUUGCCGCCGAAGAAGGCCAAAUAUAUGGGCCCUGUGGCGGGAGCGGAAGCGGCAGCGCAGGCGAGGCAGGGACUGUCGCCCCUUAUGGCUACCCUCGACCACCCCAGGGGCUGGCGAGCCAAGAAGGGGACUACUCUGGCCCGGAUGUGUGGUAUCCCAGCGGCGUGGUGAGCAGAAUGCCCUAUCCCAGUCCCAGUUGUGUGAAAAGCGAGAUGGGACCCUGGAUGGAGAGCUAUUCCGGACAUUAUGGGGACAUGCGUUUGGAGAGUGCCCGGGACCAUGUUUUGCCCAUCGAUUACUACUUUCCACCUCAGAAGACCUGCCUGAUCUGUGGAGAUGAAGCUUCUGGCUGUCACUAUGGAGCUCUCACUUGUGGCAGCUGCAAAGUCUUCUUUAAAAGAGCUGCUGAAGGAAAACAGAAGUACCUGUGUGCUAGCAGAAAUGAUUGUACCAUUGAUAAAUUUCGAAGGAAAAAUUGUCCAUCUUGCCGUCUUCGGAAAUGCUAUGAAGCAGGAAUGACUUUGGGAGCCCGUAAACUGAAGAAACUUGGCAAUCUAAAACUACAGGAGGAAGGAGAGAGUUCCAGUGCCAGCAGCCCCACAGAAGACCCAUCCCAGAAGAUGACAGUGUCACACAUUGAAGGCUAUGAGUGUCAGCCCAUCUUUCUGAAUGUCUUGGAAGCCAUUGAGCCAGGUGUGGUGUGUGCCGGACAUGACAAUAACCAGCCCGACUCCUUUGCAGCCUUGCUCUCUAGCCUGAAUGAGCUGGGAGAAAGACAACUUGUACAUGUAGUCAAGUGGGCCAAGGCCUUGCCAGGCUUCCGAAACUUGCAUGUGGAUGACCAGAUGGCAGUCAUUCAGUACUCUUGGAUGGGACUCAUGGUAUUUGCUAUGGGCUGGCGGUCCUUCACCAAUGUCAACUCCAGGAUGCUCUACUUCGCCCCUGACUUGGUUUUCAAUGAGUACCGUAUGCACAAGUCCCGGAUGUACAGCCAAUGUGUCCGAAUGAGACACCUCUCUCAAGAGUUUGGAUGGCUCCAAAUCACCCCCCAGGAAUUCCUGUGCAUGAAAGCACUGUUACUCUUCAGCAUUAUUCCAGUGGAUGGGCUGAAAAAUCAAAAAUUCUUUGAUGAACUUCGAAUGAACUACAUCAAGGAACUCGAUCGUAUUAUUGCAUGCAAAAGAAAAAAUCCCACAUCCUGCUCACGGCGCUUCUACCAGCUCACCAAGCUCCUGGAUUCUGUGCAGCCUAUUGCAAGAGAGCUACAUCAGUUCACUUUCGACCUGCUAAUCAAGUCCCAUAUGGUGAGCGUGGACUUUCCAGAAAUGAUGGCAGAGAUCAUCUCUGUGCAAGUGCCCAAGAUCCUUUCUGGAAAAGUCAAGCCCAUCUAUUUCCACACACAGUGAAGCUUUGGAAACCCUUAUUUCCCUUGCCUACCCCACUGCCCUUUUCAGAUGUCUUCUGCCUGUUCUAACUCUGCACUACUUCUCUGCAGUGCCUUGGGGAAAUUCCUCUAUUAAUGUACAGUCUUGUCAUGAAUAUGCUUCUAUUUACUGGGCUUUGUUUCUCUUUUCCUCUUCUCUUUUCCCUCCUCCUUCCAUAUCUCACCCUUCCUUGGCACCCUCAGACUCUGCUCCCUGUUGUGGCUUCUAUCUGUGUUUUGAAUGUUGUUGUAUUUUUUGAAUCUGUGUUGAUCUCCAUGUGGCCCAGUGUCAAGUUGUGCUUGUUUAGAGCACAGCACUGUGUGCCAGCCACACAAAUGUUUACUUACAUUAAGCCACGGGAAGUUUAGAGAACUAAAAGUAUCUGGGGAAAAAUAUCAAAUAUGUACACACACACACACACACACACACACACACACACACACACACACACACACACACACACACA